AAAGCUAUUGAAUUAGUAACAACUGCUACCGAACAGGACAAGGCCGGGAAAUAUGAGAGUGCCAUGUCGUACUAUGACCAGGCGAUAUCCUAUUUUAUACACGCUAUAAAAUAUGAAGCACAAGGCGACAAGCAGAAGGAAACCAUUAGAUCGAAGUGUACUACAUAUCUGAACCGAUACGAACAAAUUAAGAAGAAGGUGGAUUCGAAGGAUAGCGAUUCUGAUGAGGACACAGACAAGAAGAAAUUACAGGACAAAUUGUCGGGUGCUAUUGUAAUGGAGAAACCAAAUGUGAAAUGGAGUGAUAUUGCUGGACUCGAAACAGCAAAAGAAGCGUUGAAGGAGGCUGUCAUAUUACCGAUUAAAUUUCCUCAACUCUUUACUGGUACGCGUUUGGAUUCACAAAUUUUCCUUUGCACCUUGCUUGUUAUGGUAGUUGUAGCCUUUAUACUGACCACACUGUCAAUCCCAUAUUCUUUGGAACAGAGUAAUUUGCCUUUAUGA